AUGGUCCCCUAUCAUACAUUUGGAAAUAUCAUCAGCAUGCUUUAUCAAUCCCAGCAAAACCUUUCACCAUUUUGGCAAUUCUCUUCGUUUUAACCUACAUGGAUGGAUUUAUAACAAACCUUCUCCUCUCCCUUCACCUCUCUUCCAUCUCUAAUAUUCUUCUCUUUAUAUCAUUAAGAAAAGAAAGAUUCAGAAUUAAAUUCAAAGGAGCUAGCUAGCUACCAGUUUGAAGGAAUAGCGGAGCUUAAAGAGAGAAGGGGCUCAUCAAGUAGAGAAAGCAAUAGUAAUAUGGCAAGAGGGAAGAUCCAGAUCAAGAAGAUUGAGAACUCGACUAACAGGCAAGUUACUUACUCCAAAAGACGAAAUGGUCUCUUCAAGAAAGCUCAUGAGCUCACUGUUCUUUGUGAUGCCGAGGUCUCUCUUGUCAUGGUUUCUUGCACUGACAAGGUCCACGACUACACUAGCCCCUCCACUACAACGAAGCGGAUAUUUGAUCAGUAUCAGCAGACUAAGGGAAUAGAUCUUUGGAGCUCCCACUAUAAGAUAAUGAAAGAGAACUUGGAAAAACUGAAAGAGGUGAACAUGAAAAUCAGGAGGGAGAUGAGGCAGAGGAUGGGUCAGUGUUUGAAUGAUUUGAGCUUUCAGGAUCUGCAGAGUCUUGAGAGCGAUAUGGAAAGUGCUUGGAGGGUUAUUCAUGACCGUGCGGAUCGUGUGCUUACUAAUCAGAUUGAAACUUCCAAGAAAAAGGCGAGGAAUGUGGAGCAAAUCAACAGAAAACUUCAAGUGGAACUAGUAAGUAUGGAGCUCCAACGAGCUAGACAGGUAGUAGAGAUUAUAUUAUUAACGGAAAAUCUUGAAGCAAAUGUUUCACUUUUUGUUAUGAAGGAAGCAAUGGAUCAAGAUCCAUACGGCUUGGUUGUCAAUGGAGGGGACUACAAUUCUGUUAUGGGAUUUUGACAUGAAGGUCCUUGCAUAUUUGCUAUGCGAUUGCAACCCAACCAGCCUAAUCUUCCCAGGGAAGCAGGCCAUCUCUCACAACUUACCCCUUGCUUGAGUAGUGUCAGCUGAAUUGAGGUUGCUCUACAUCCAAGUUGCUCAAAAUUAUCCAUGUAUUGACUGUUACCAAUCACAAAUACUUGAAUGGCUUUGCUUUUAUGUAUCUGUAGAAUGAACUUGUAUUAUCCCGGACUGCUUCCAUCUUGACAACUGAUAUGCUGCGGACGCCUUCUCUUCACUAA